GAGCAGAGCAUAAUUUAAUGGCUAUUUUAUUUUUCCACUAUAGAAAGAGUGAAGGAGCUUCACUCUUGCUGUGCCAAUAAAAGGCCCUUAACGCAGUACCAUGCAACUGCAAGGAAACAAAUCAGAGUAGAGCAACAUAAACAAUUGCAAUGGCUUCUGCUCAGGCUCAGAAACCCACUACAACUAUUGAAGUCUGCCAACCCAAAAGCCAACACAGCUCGUUCGGCCAAAAACUUUCAGAGAUAACUAGCAAGGCUUUCAAAGGACACCAUGCCCGCCAUGGCAGUAACCAAAAUCAAAUUCAACACUUCAGCCAAACUCAGGUUGAGUCGCAUGGCAACAGUGGCUCCAAAACAGAGACACAUGGUCAGACUCAGACCCAACGCGACAGGAAGCAUGGUGUGACCAAAACCGAGAUCACAGUUUGUGUGGUCCAAGCUCAAAUCACCCAAACCAAAGAGGACCCUCCUUCUCCUCGUGGUACGACCACAAAGUGCUUUGGGCCUCAUGCCAGGAAGAUUGGAGAGGUUAACAAUAAGAAGGAAACAAAUAUAUUCCGGAGGAUUAAGAAUGGCAUGUCCCGCCAUAACAAUGAAGGAAGCAGCAGCAGCAGCAGCAGCAGCAGUGACAGUGAAAGUGAUGAUGACAAGCGCUCAAAGACUGACAAGUGCCCAAAGACUGAUAAGUGCCCAAAGAUUAAGAAUUGAUGAAACCAGAAGCUGCAAAGGGGAUGCAACUAAAAGGAAAAACAUCUUCACAAAUAAACAGUGUCUUUAUGAUUUUAUGAUGUCAUUCUUGUACUCAAAAUAUUUGGGGUAAAUAAAUGCCAAUAUUCCACUUGACUGUGUAAGUCAUGACCAAUAAUAGAUAGAGUUUGCAUA